AUGAAUGCCAGCGCGGACUUUAGGACCAAUCCACGGCACGCGGGCCCAAAGGAGCACCUGACGAUUGUGAUUAAGCUGGGUACGAGCUCCAUCGUGAACGACGACCACACCCAUCUCCCCAAGAUUGCUCUCUUAUCUAGUAUCGUCGAGACGGCGGUGAGCCUGAUACGCGCCGGGCACCGAGUUGUCAUCGUGUCAUCCGGCGCUAUCGGCGUGGGGCUGAAGAGGAUGGACAUGGCCCGUCGUCCGAAAGGCCUUGCGAAGAAGCAGGCGCGUGCGGUUGCCCUAGCUGCAAUCGGACAAGGACGACUAAUAGCGCUCUGGGACAACCUCUUCUCCCAGCUCUCGCAGCCAAUAUCCCAGAUCCUGCUAACCAGGGGCGACAUUUCAGAUCGCACACGCUACCUCAAUGCCGUCAACACCUUCUCAGAGCUGCUCGACAUGGGCGUUGUGCCUAUCGUCAAUGAGAACGACACUAUCAGUGUGUCCGAGAUCAAGUUCGGUGACAACGACACGCUCUCUGCAAUCACAGCCGCUAUGGUGCACGCUGAUUACCUGUUUCUGAUGACAGACGUUGACUGUCUUUAUACGGAUAAUCCGCGGAAGAACCCCGACGCGAAGCCGGUGAGCAUUGUCAAAGACAUCGCUGAUAUCCGCCAGACAGUUUCGACGUCGACAAUGGGCACUUCUCUAGGUACGGGUGGAAUGGAGACCAAGAUUAUAGCAGCGGAGCUGGCUACAGCUGCCGGUGUCACCACCGUCGUCUCCCACGGUGCCCACCCUGAGCGCAUAUUCGACAUUAUCACUGCUCCGGGUGGAGACGAGGGGGGGUCGCUCGCUGCACCUCCACACACGGCGUUUCUGUCCAAGAGUAAUCCUUUGGGAGAUCGCAAGUGGUGGAUCCUUAAUGGUCUCAAUCCUGCGGGAGAGAUUGUCAUCGAUGUUGGUGCUGCCAAGGCGUUGGUGAGAGGCGGAGGGAGACUUCUACCAGCCGGGGUGGUCGCUGUGCGCGGCACCUUUGCCAUUGGUCAAGCAGUCACUAUAUCCUUGGUUAAUGCGACAAUCACGUCAAACAUCUCUCCACUCUCGCUCGCAGCUAUCAGGAUGAACGAUGAGGGUUACCCACCAACUCCAAAUCUCGCACCUCAAAAUGUAAGCGGUAGUGUUUCUUCACUUGAGACGAACAUUACCGGAGGAUUGAGCGAAGGUAACAUCAACAUUGAGAUUGGACGAGGAUUGGCGAAUUACAACUCCACCGAUAUAGACAGAGUCAAAGGGGCCAAAAGCUCACUCAUCUCAGACAUACUCGGUUUCGCAGACUCGGAGCAUGUCGUUGAGCAGGUAGUUAUUAGGCACAAUCCAUUUCAAGCAGCUGGAAGUGGAACAGGAGCUGCACAAGCCGCACCAAUUCAAGUUUAG